GACGAUGCCUACUACUCCUUGCCAGAGAGAUCUUUUGCGAGAAGCCGAGGACGGUUUGGUUUUUCUAUCCACCGCCUAUCGAUACGAACAUAUAUGGUUGUGGUGUUUUUUUGUAUGAUGUCGGCUGCAGGAUCCGUUGAGUUGGGUUCAGAAUGCAACAGCGACUGGGAUUGCAGGGACGAUAUUCCCGGCUCCAUGUGCCUCAACGGCAGAUGUUUGUGCCAGUCAUAUUACGCAAGAGUGAACAACACAUUUUGCGUACAGUCAACGUUACUCGGAUAUGAUUGUAUGGUCCCGGAGCAGUGUACCAUGAAGGUGGCAAAUAGCAGCUGUCUGGAUGGCGUCUGCCGUUGUGUCGAUGGAUUCCUUCAAUUUAGAAAACACACGUGUCUAGCACGUAAGUAGAUCAACACAUUGAUUUAAUCAUGA